AUGGCAGGCCGGCGUCGGCCCCCCCGGCGCGAUGUGAUCGUGGCGGCGGGGCCUCCUGCUGUUCCCAUCCAACCAGCGGCCCAGGGCGGGCAGGUGCCAGCCCUGUUCCGAGCCGUCGCGGACUGCCUAACUGCGGGCGUUGGCAUCGCGCCCUCGGCGCCCCCACUGGCGACUGUUCGGCCGCGUGAGCCUGUGUAUCGAUCCCCCCGAGGCGCACCCAUCCAUUCCUUCGCGCGCGCGGGCAAUCCUUUCGUCGCCGCCGCCCUCCUCGCCCGCCGUUAUCCUGAGGCGCCACCUCAGUCGCCACCGUCUCACCCUGUCUCUUCAUCCUCACUGGGCGGUUCUGCUCCUCGGUUGGUCGAACAGGCGCCUCUCCCGUCUGCAGCCCCAGUGCCAGGCUCUGAGCCGCCUCCUCUCCCGCCGUCUCCUCAACCAGCCGUGCCUUCCUUGUCCGUGCCGACCCCUGCUGUGCCGUAUGCGUGUUCGUACCCCCCUCGGCUGGAUGUGACGGACUCCGCUCCUCCGGGCCCUCGCGGGCUCCCUUUCCCGGAUCCCGCCUACUGCGGCCCUCGGCGCCAGCAUCCCCUCGUGCCAGGGUCUCGUCCUCCUGGAGCUCGGUUUGGAUUUCAUCAGCCUGUGCCUGGGAUUGCCCGCGGCUACUGGAGCGACGACGAGGUGCCGGGCACCCCUCGCGACCCGGGGGUUGAUUGGGAUGGUUGCUUCUCGUGGCCUCAGGAGCAGGACGGGGGGAACUGGGGCUCGUGCGCUCCGCCCCCGAGCCCCCCUUGGGGGACGCCUUCUUAUGGACCGGGGGAUUACGAGUCUCGUUGGCGGCAUCUUCAGUCGAUUGGCCGUUGCGUGACUGAGCUCUCGUUCGUGCUUGACCUCCUGCACGACGCCCUUCUGUCUCGGGAGGUGGUGGCGCGGGAUCCGCACAUGAAUGAAGACCAGCAGAGUCGUGUGCGGCGGGCAGUGGAGAGCGCGCUGUGGGAUGUCCUGCAUCUGCCACUUGAGCCCGGGGACCCUUCGUUGGACGACGGACCUGGCGCAGCGGCUUUCCGCAUGGUAGCCACGGCUGCUGAGGAGUGCCCGCUUGGCAUCGUGCCCGCACUCGCGUGUUUGCUCCGGUGGCUUGGGCGGAGGGUGAAGCGGAUGUAG